CUCAUGACUGAUGACCAUCUCUGGAGUCAGGACGUGUUUAAAGUACUUUUUCGGAGGGUGGACUAACCGCAGUAGUCGGUGAGUUGGCCAGUCCAUGCGGUUGUUUACCAUAUUUCUCAAUUUCUCAAGAAUAAGAGAUGCCCUUUGGUCGAUUUGGCACGCCCUAUGUGCGUUGACAUUAGGAGUGUCGUGAUUCUUUUGUCAAGUAUUAAUUUACAUUCACCCUUUUCUGCUGUGUACAAUGUCACUUUGGGGAGUGGAGGGUAAAGGGGGUGUGAUCCCUCACCCCUUGGCCAGGUCAGGAUGCAGGACCUUAGCGAAGGUUAGGCUAGGAUGCACCCCAAUUGAAUUAUGACUUAGAUCUGCUACUUAAAAGACUUCGACCCAAAGACACUGACUGAUAUAUUGAUCGCUGUUUUCUUAUAUUCGUCUUUUUAUUAUAUUUAAUAUCAUAUUUACAUUCUUUUGUUCAUGUUUUUACUUUCAUCCCCAAGGGGUUGGUGGUAAAAACAGCAUCCAUUUUGCAAGUAAAUUGGCAACCAAACCUGAGUGGCACUGUGGUACUAUACCUCUUCUGGGACUUUUAUCAGCCUUAAUUGAAUAAUACAGCAAUAGCACAAUUUACCAGCCUGAUAUGUACAUGAAUCAAUUUUUUUUUUUUUACUGGUUGCCUCAUGUUUCAUUCAUUUUUAACCAUUGCUAUUGGUGCAAACUAUUCAAUUAUUUGUUUAUUGUGUUUGUUUCCUCUCUAGAAAUUUUGAGUGGAUAGGAAUGGAUAUCUGAUUGAUUGCCUAACACUAUAUUUAUUAUAAAAAAUCACCCAAAGUUAUAGUAAUGGUUGUCUUUAUCUUGAAAAUUUGGUAGAUUUUUUUUAUUUUAAUUGAGCAUUCAUUUAUUACUAUAGCUAAUGAUUAAUUUUGUAUACUUUUUUAUGUGCUACAGUGCAGGAUUUUGUAGAUUAUAAAGUAUGUUUAUUUUUAAGGAAAGUGUUUGAUAGGUUUCAUCUAAUUGCAAUUCUUUUUCCAGUCGGGAACAGAGUUCAGAAGAAAGUGGGACCGAGAUGAGUACGAAUCGCUUGCUCAGCAACGUUUACGUGUUGAACGGGAUGUUGCGCAAGCUCAGAAUCAGAAGGCUGUUCCCGUGAAACGAGAGUUCUUGAAGCAGAGAGACUACAAAGUAGACAUCGAUUCAAAACUUGGAAAGAGCCAGGUUAUAACAAAAACUACUCCUGCAUCGCAGUCUGGAGGAUACUACUGCAAUGUUUGUGAUUGCGUCGUCAAGGACUCUAUAAACUUUCUUGAUCAUAUCAAUGGAAAGAAGCUUCAAUGGUGAGAGGAAUAAAGGACCUUUGGAACUGAGAAGUUUGACAGUGAGGCACAUUUACUGCAUGUAGAUAAAAAUACAGGUAAUGCCACGGAGGAAAAUGAAAAAACGAGAACUGCCGAGAUCUUUUGGUCGUAACGACCUUUAUCUAUAGGCAAGACUGAUCAGAACGAUGAAAAAUACAGUACAUACAGAAUCUUUUACGCGGUUAUUAUUGCUGUUGGUCAGAAGAUGAACCCUGUUCAUGUGGAAGUAACAGAAGAUCAACGAAAUUUGGGUAUGUCCAUGCGCGUUGAACGUUCAACAUUGGAACAAGUUAAAAAAAGAUUCGAUGUGAAUAAAAAGAAGUUGGAAGAAAAGAAAAAAGAUUAUGACAUUGAACAGAGGAUGCAAGAAUUGAAGGAGGAGGAGGAAAAGCUGAAGGAGUACCGGAGAGAAAAACGCAAAGAAAGAAAGCGAAAAGCAGAUUCCUCCAUUGACGACGACAGUGGUAUGGAUCCAGAGAUGGCCAAAAUAAUGGGUUUCGGAGGAUUUUCCUCAUCCAAAAAAUAAAAUGCAAUACAUAUAUUCCUAUUUCUGUACUCGAAGCAUCAUUUUUGUAGA